CAUCAAAAUUUUAUGUUUGUAUUGUAAAAGUUCACUUUCCAAAUGAGGAAGUUUUAAGGAAAAUCACUGAAAAUGCCCUGAUUUUAAGAAAAAAUGUGGUUUGAAGACUAUAAAUGGCAUUACGAUUAUGUCCGGCUUGCGUGGGACACCGGGUUUGCCUUUGAAAAGUGCAAAUCCGCUUCAUUGGAUAAGAAUAAAAUAUGUGUUGUAGAUGUAGAUCGCAUAGUAAGGGAACGAGACGUUGGAUCAGUAGACCAUCACAUUUCUACAGUGGUUCAGUACAUAUUAGAUGAAGAACAAGCUAAAGUGCUAGAUACGAAUUUCGUUAAAAUAUUUAGAAUUAGCCAAUUAGCCGUUGAGUAUUUGUUAUUUUGCAAAAAGUACUUGGACAAUACUGUGGUGCUUCUUAAAAAGGAAUUAGUUAAAAACCGCGAAGAAACUAAAGAGUUAAAGCUUCUAGCCGAUGACCUACAGGGGCAUGUCGACACUUUAACUAGGCAGCAGAUUUACGCAACUUUUAAAUGCAAUUCGUGCGCUAAAAUAUUUUCAUCUGAAGACCAUUUGAAUGCGCACAUCAAAAGGAGACACUCGGGCAACGAUCAUUACAACUCCGAGACGGAGAAACUAAAUAUGGAAAUAAAAGAGCUUAAAGAAAGGCUUAACAACACAGAGAAGCUAUUCAAAGAUAAAGAGCAGGAGAGCCCUAAGAAAACUGAACCAAAUAACGACGUUAAGAAAAUGAGUGAGGUGUUGGAGAAGUUCGAAAAAUUUAAAAACCAAGUCGAUGAAGAGCUCAAGGAACUUCGAAUGCAAAAGGCUAUCUACGAAGAAAAUUAUGGGAAGUUAUUUGAAAUAGCCAUUCAGAACAAGGAGAACUUGGAGCCAAAAAACACCCCUCAGGAAAUCCCGAAAAUGGAAAUCACAACGCAAACUGAUAAGCAAUUGCAAAUUGAACAUGUGAAUUACAAGAAUAUCACUGAAAUACGCGCGGUUAGUCCUCAUCAGAGUCGCAGUGUUGAUGCGAAUCUAGCAGAGCCAGCUUCCAAUGAUCAACCAAAAAAUGAAUCAUUAGACUCCAGAAUAUCGACAACAUUAGCCGGAAUCGAGGACCAAAUGCAAGCAUUUUGGGGCAAAUUAAAUGAAAUUGAACGGCAUAAAACCAGCCCUCAGAAACAGCCAUCUGCGCAAUCCGGCGAUAGCACUUUGAUUAAGCCAAAAGCCAAACCAAGAAGCAAACUUAGUCAGCCGACGCAUAUAUCGGGCAGCACAAAUAAUAAUGCUGAUAAACUUAAAACAGCUAUUGGCGAGUUAGAGCAAUUGCAGCAGGAAAGCGAAGUGAAAUGGGUUGAAGUAAAAAAAUCUCCCGUUAAAAAUAUCGAUGCAUUGAAAACAGUGCUAGUGGAUCCACAGUUCUUGGAGAGGCCAGAUUCAUCACAAAGCAGCAAUUCUGAAGGAAACAAGACGUAUUCGGUAUCAGAAGAGAGCGAUACUGAGGAGGAAUCAGAACCGCCUAUUCAAAAAACUACUGUUUUAGUGAAGAAAGCAGCAAAUAAGAAUCAGCGUUUAAGUCCCAGUAGAAAAGUGUUCAAAAGCCCGACCAAAAAGACUGCAAUAGAGACUAAAAUCGCAGUCGCAUCCGAGGUAACUGCUGCAAGACCUCAAACUUCCAGAGUCAGAGAAACGAAUUUAACAAAAUCAGACGAAUUCAUACGGAAUGACUUGGAAAUCCAGUUAGUUGACCGAUUGCACGAACUGGGUAUUUCUGAAAGUUGGAACCGUCUGCCUCAAAGGUCCUUUGAUAAAGCUCUGGAAAUAAUUAAUCAUCAAGCUGCACUAUCAAAAAAGAUGCAUCCAAAUUUUAAUAGUACCAAAAAGAAAAUUAUAAAAGAACUCGAAAAAACCUGUAGUAGAAGGAAACUUGAGAGUGAAUCGCCUAAACUGGAAGCUUUGCAAAAUAUUGUCAAAGUUUCUUACCGAAUUAAAUCCAAUAGGAAACAAACAGAUUCAAACAAAGGAAACCUAGGCGCUUCUAAGCGAAAACCCUUGGAAAUAAAGAAUCGCUCCCUAUAUGAAACAGACACUGAAAGUGAACCACGUCAACCAAUCGCCAGUAAAACCUCAGAGGUUCUGGCAAGAUACUCAACUGUAGUUGCAGAAAUAAAAUCCCUGAGCAACAUCAGGUCUUCAACUGAAGAUUCAUUGGACAACAUAAACAAAGACCAUCAGAAGGGCGCGCUGAAAAGCUUUCCGUCGGCUGGAUCGUUGUCCAAAAAAAAGGUGUUGUUUGAUUUGGAAGAGGAUUCGAGUAAAAUUGAUGAUGGAGAGCCCGCUAUACUUAAAGCAGGUGGAAGCACUACGAGUAUUGCCAGCUCGAUUUUAGAGGACAAAAAUGAAAUCCAGCAGGAAAACAGUGGCAACGUUCAAAAGGAAUUGGAUGAUGUAUCAGAUUCUGAUCUUAGCGAGUUAUCGAAUUGAUUGUGAUUUAUUGCAAUUUCUAGUGAAACUUUAAUUUUUUUUAGUAGGUAUUGAAACGUUUGUUUUUGAUGAGGUUUAUAAUGUUUGUAUUUACAUGAUUAAGAGAUGCAAAUAACGACUUUUUGUUUAGCAGGUAGUAUUAUUCCAUCUAGCAGAUGUAAAAGUCUAUCACAUUAUAAAAUAUCUUGGUUCCAA